AUGCGACAAGAGCCCCCAACAGAAAACCCGCGUAAAUUCAACCCCUUCAAGGAAUCAAAUUCACAAACCCCCCAAACUCUCACACCUCACUGCACCCCCAACACCUCCAUCAUCGCCGCCGCUUCUGCUCCCUUCAAGCUACCAUCAUCUUCCAUUCCGUCACUCAGAAACUCGCAGCCUCCCAUUGCCCUCCCCUUCAGAUUCGAUUCGGCACCUCACCGCGCACUCUCUCACUCUGCUCCGCCCGGACCACCGCUGGCGAUUUCCUGGAACACCGCCGCGGAAUCCGUCUCUGAGUUGUGUCCAAAUAAGAAGACUAAACCGAUCGUGGUUAUCGACAACUACGACAGCUUUACGUAUAAUCUCUGCCUGUAUAUGGGAGAGCUGGGCUGUGAAUUUGAAGUGCUCCGAAACGAUGAGCUGACUGUUGAUGAUCUAAAAGAGAAAUAUCCAAGAGGUAUAUUAAUAUCACCUGGACCUGGCACUCCUCAAGAUUCAGGAAUAUCGCUGCAGACGGUGCUGGAGCUUGGACCAACUGUACCGGUAUUUGGUGUGUGCAUGGGAUUGCAAUGCAUUGGAGAAGUCUUCGGAGGAAAAAUUGUGCGAGCUCCCUAUGGAGUGAUGCAUGGAAAAUCUUCUCCUGUUUAUUACAAUGAGGCUGGGGAAGAUGGCUUAUUUGCUGGGUUAUCAAACCCAUUUACAGCUGGUAGAUACCAUAGCCUGGUUAUUGAAAAGGAAAGUUUUCCUAGUGAUGUCCUUGAGAUUACUGCAUGGACAGAAAACGGGCUGAUCAUGGGUGCUCGUCACAAAGUGCACAUGCAUCUACAGGGAGUUCAGUUCCACCCGGAGAGUAUCAUAACCAGCGAAGGAAAAACCAUUGUGCGCAACUUCAUUAAGCUUAUCGAGAGAAACGAAGCUAAAUCCAAAAACUAGACUCUCUUUAAAAGUUCUAUAUUUACUUAUUUAGUCAUUCUGAAUCAAAACCACAGUUUCAUGUUAUUUUUAAGUUCACUACAGUAAUAAAGCAACAUAUUUUACUCAUCGACAUUGUAGUGUGUGAAUGUGAUAGGAUAAGUAUGAGAAGAGGUGGAGUUGUGAUUCCAUGUGGGUGAAGCUCAACUCAAAAGGUGGUUAUAGCCUUUGGAAAUCGGUUAUCCACGUCAGCUCGGAAGUAGCCGUUUGAAGUGAGGAUCGGGAGUAACAGCACGAGUUUGUUGCGAGAAGAUCCAACCUCUCUCUGUUUCUGUUGAAACCAUUCACAUAUAAGCAGUCGACGCGCACACACACAAGUAGUUAGCUCAAUCAUAAUUCUCUCGUUCUUGUGGUAAACACUCAAUAGCUUCUUGCGGUUUUGCUCAUUGAUUCAUCGAGAGAUUGUAGAUAGAUCGAGAGAUUGUAAUCUUGAGAGUGAAGUGAAUAAAGUUUCAUUUUGUUGUCCGUGGA